CCGGCUCGCGGUGGCUGGGUUUCACUGCGUGUGUCGGCUCCCGGGUGGCUGCCAGGCUGGGCUGGGGGACCCGCGCCCGCUCAGAGCCGAGGGGAUGGAGCCCGUGAGCGUUGGCAGCUGCAUCCUUGAGUAGGACUCCUCCUCCUCCCGCUCCCCUGCUUGGAGGACAUGCAACAGCACCUGCCCUGGAGAGAGCUGGAUUCUUGCAUGGUUGAUGUUAGUAGCACUCCACGGGUGACUGUUUAGCCUGAGUCGAGCAAUGCUCCCUGUAUUCCACGCAGAAGAGAGUGCUGCCUUCAUCGGACUUGUUUACCCAAACGUUUCAGAUGAUAUCUGGCUCUGCAUUAAUUGCCAUGAUGUCUGACAAUAAAACAAAGUCCACUAAGCCUGCAGACAAGACUCCUCCAAAGUCUCCUGCAGAUCCGACAAGAGAGAGAGCAACCAAAAGGCUAUCUUAUGAAUCAAACAGUUCCCACGAAGGGGCCAUGGCAGCAGAGCUUACUGCUCUAGAAGAGGCUUUUAGAAAGUUUGCCAUCCACGGAGAUACCAGAGCCACAGGAAAAGAAAUGCAUGGGAAAAACUGGUCAAAAUUAUGUAAGGACUGUCAUGUGAUAGAUGGGAAGAAUGUGACAAUCACGGAUGUUGACAUCGUCUUCAGUAAAAUCAAGGGGAAAUCUUCUAGGACGAUUACUUUUGAUCAAUUUAAAGAAGCUCUUCAAGAACUCUCCAAGAAACGAUUUAAAGACAAGAGCAAUGAGGAAGCAAUUCAAGAAAUACAUAAACUAAUCGAAGGAAAAGCCCCGAUCAUAUCUGGAGUAACGAAAACCAUUUCAUCUCCAACUGUAUCACGACUUACAGACACGUCAAAAUUCACUGGUUCCCACAAAGAGAGGUUUGAUCCAAGUGGGAAAGGAAGAGGCAAAGCAGGACGAGAAGACCUGGUUGAUGCGUCGGGCUAUGUGCCUGGGUACAAGCACGCAGGCACAUAUGAUCAUAAAGUACAAGGAAGCAAGUAAGCCUGGGGAGUUUAAAAAGAGAGAGAAUAUACCUGUAAGAAUGAUGUAGAUGAAUCCCACAUGUUUCAGUUAUCGUGAAUGCGAGGACUAUGUUGUCGAGAAGUGUUUUCAGGAACUGGAACUGAUUUCAACAUCUGCUGAGAUACUUGCAGCACAGCAACACUUCAUUACAUUCCUCAUGCUUACAUUGGCAACAAAUAUAAAAUACAAAGUUGUUGAGCUUUAGACAAGAAACCAAAUGCAAGGGCUGUUCUACCACACUUUGUCAUACUGGUAAAAGAUCUCAAACAUUCCUAAACAUCCAGUUCUUUCUUGGGUAUAGAAGAAAAACGCUCUCCAGAUAGUUGAAAAGAGGGUCAUUGUAAAUCUUCCUAUGAUAGCAGCCUUUCCGAAGAACACCCCAAUAUUUAUGUAGUGUGAUUUGAAUACUUAUUUAUUUGAAAAUGUCUUAAAGAGGAUCCAGCUCUGCCCUCAAAGACAAAAAUUCAGUAUUGUACUAGUGGGCAGUAAAUGGCUGUAAUAUAACAAGUUGCUAUCCUGAAAAGAAAUAGAUUUUCCUACACCAUUUGUAAACUUAUUGCUCCUUGCUGAGCCUAUUUAGGUUCCAAUUUAUUUGUCAGCAGAAAGAUGUGGAAGACACUAGCCCUCGUUUCCUUACCCCCCCAAAGCCCAGGACUUCUCAAAACCAAUACUGUACUUCCUGCAAGUUACCACGUGUAUUGGUAGCACAAUUCUAACUGAAACUACAGGACAUAAAAGGCGCUAAUGUACUAACAUGAUAUAUAGAGGAACUAGAUCUAUUGCUAAGGAAGUCUUGAUGGAAAUAUCAAUCUUGGUUGCAAUCUGGUUUUUGGUUUGCACAGUGGAAGUGAAGGGGGCAUUAUGAUGGAUUAUACUUUUUAAACUUUUAAGUGUGAACUAAACAUCACUGAUCAGAUUUUCAUCGAGCUAGGCACAUAUUCUCAUGCACAUGUACACACACAGACACACAGGCACCUGCUCCUUUUAAGUUCUGACUGAGUUAAGGAAGGUCUGUGACAACUCUGAAAUACAUAAGUUCAUGUAAGAACUAAAUUGUCACCACAAAGUAGAAAUUUGUUACUCCUUUAUUCACAACUAGAUGCGUCUCACGCCCUCUAAAGAUACAUUACUAAAGUUACCUAACUGAUUUGUUAAGCGUUCUAUGUGUGAAGGUAGGGGCUCUAUUCUCCUCUUGUUUGGACUGUCCAGUGAAAGUCAGGAAUAAUUAUUUGAAGGCAAUAAAUUUCCACAGGUUUAGAGCUGCUGUAAGAGGAGAAUCAGGACCAGUCUUAAUGGUUUAACAAACUGGCCACUAAAUAUCCCAUAUGGCCCACAUAACAAGUGGUAUUAAUUGAUAAAUCAUUGAAAAACCUCACUCAUUUGAUAUUGCUUAAAAAGUAAGGAGAAAUAUCCAUACAGAGAAAGUGCAGGGGCUCAUUAGCUGAUCUCUAUAUUCUAUAUGUGGUUAUUUAUAUUCCACAAAGCAGAAUAAGCACCACAAUGUAUAAUAUAAGAUGACAAAAGAGGACUUUUAGUUGGGUAUUUGAUAACCAUUUAAAAUUCUGCUUUGCUUUCUAUUAAAUGGAGUUCAAGCAUUAACUUUAUAACUCCAGAUAGUACAGGUUAAUCACCUCUGUUGCCUCUCUGCCACCAUCUGUGUCAGGGUUCUCAUGUAUACAGAACAGCUGGCUUUAGUGAGCUACUUACAUACAGUAAGCAGUAACAUAUGCUAGUUUUUCAUGCAGACCAACACCCUGUAUUUGGCACAUGUCCAGACACUGAACACAGGUUCUCAGCCUUCGAACAGAUUGUUUUUUGUUUUCUGCUGACUUUCUAUAGAAGUCUUUUCUGUAACUUUGCCACCACUGACCUUUCAAACCAAAACAUGAACGUGAAACCAAAAUAACAAUAAUAAACAAAAGGAAGAACUCUUUCAUGGGCUUGGAAUUUUUUGUUUGUUUUGAUUUUUGGUUUUCAGGAGAGAGGGAAGUCUGCCCAACCCAGUGCAUGCUUUUAAAAGGUCUUGUUUGUGUUUUUCCCCCUUUAAGCCCUCCUUGGUGGCUCUGGUUACCUGACACAAUUUUAGAGAUACACCAGGACUGUCAGAGUGUGGAAAUAUUUGUUUGUGAAGCCUUUCCAAGUUUUUCAAAGUUAUCCACUUUUCCUGAACACUCCAGUUCCUGGAAAAGGAAAGGUUAGUUAUCCAUUUACACAUCAUACUGGCUACCUGCCUUCCCCUUCAAGGAGAGGUAACAGCACAAACCCACCUUCAGAUAUUUAUGGCCAUAUUAUUCCAGAAAAGCAGUGGAACACAGAGUAGCUGGUAAAGUGCAGAGAAUACAUUCCUUCCUGAAAUGUCCCAUAAAGCUACAAAUCUGGAUAGUGCUCAAGGACAGUCAUUUUACUACAACAAACAGAUGUGUAACAAACCUUGAAUUAUUUGUAAAACACUAUCAAAGCUGAAUAUUGCAAAGUUCACAUUAGAGCUGUCGAUUAAUUGCAGUUAACUCGAAUGAUUAACUCAAAAAAAUUCAUCGUGAUUAAUCACACUGUUUAAUAAA